UGGAUGGAUGGAUGGAUGGAUGGAUGGCCAUAUCGCAUCGAGACCCUCGUUUUUUCUUCUUUCCUUUCUUUGUUUUGUUUACCCCCCUCCCUCCCUCCCUCCCUCCCUCCUUUUCCCCUCCGUAUUCCACGGCGAUACCGAUAUGCUUCAAUUUGCGCACGGCAGCAGCCAGCGACGACGACGCAACAGGGCUCGGCUAAUUGGCCUGGCCUGGGGGGAACGCUGAGCUGUAUGGGGGAAAAACUGACUGACCGUACCGCACCGCACUGGACUGGACUGGACUGGACUGGGAUAUUACACACGGAAAGGAAGGCGCAGUUCCGGGUAGAGCGCUUCGAAGUACCCCACUCGGCCACUCUAUGUACAUAUGCCAGCCAGCCAGCCAGCAGACAGCAGACACCUCAGGCUCGGGGGAAGGAGGAGAGAUUAUACGAUGCUGAUACGUCGUCGUCGUCGGAAUACCGUACUUUCUUUCCCCUUCUUCUUCGGUGGCAUGUGGCCCGGGCAACAUCGAAAAAUCGUCGAGGGAGGGGGGGUUUAAUCCGAAAUUCGAAAUUCGAAAUUCACUGAAUUCUUGAAUUAUUUUAAAAUCGUGAACUGACGGACGGGCGGCGAGCUCGGAGCGACUCGACCGACGUACCUCCACCCGGGCUCCCGACCUCGGCGUGGUGACGUGAGAAGAUGUUGGAUGUGGGUGAGCCACGGAGAGAGGGAGGCAAACUGCAUAUUUCCAGUAUGUAUUGUACAUAGAGUAGAUGUUUCGAUCGCUCGAUAGAUGCUCUACUCUAUGUAGGUAGAAUGGAUGAAUCGAAUGGACAGAGUGACGGCUGGAUGCAUCCCUCCAUCCAGACUCCAGAGUCUCGGUCGGCAAGGCAACAAAAAAAAACACAUGUACUCAUGUAACUACAAGGAAUAUCAUCAGAUCUUGCGG